UCUUGAUAUCUUGCUGUAUCUCCCUCCCUCCUCCAUGUAGCCUUACAUGCUGCUCUUAGAUAUAGAAUGUCUUCAUCGCACCCACAUCCGUAACCUCCAAACCAGUCUCCCACCCCGCCGAACCUUCGACCCGUCCUUCGCCGCGCAGCUCAUAGACGACUCCUCAUCGCCGUUCGAGUCGGCCGCAGAAACCCUCCUCCGUAACGCCUGCCCCUUGACGUACAAGAAAUGUGUCGAGCUCCUGCAGUCCUCCAUUCCCAAUGGUCUCAACCUCAGCAAUGCGUACAGCCGCCAUCGCGCGUUCGACUUCCGCCCGGACGACGUCUGGCUUGCGAUUCUCGCGCAGUUCUCGCUCUUCGUCGACACCUACUCUGAGGAGCUGCGCUCUUCUUUCGCUGCGCACAAGGGCAAGAAGCACAUGAGCGUGAGAGCUGUGGGGUCGCGCUACAGCGACAACUUUGGAAGCAUGGCGAAGCAGAUGGCGAGCGAGCCUGAGAAGAACGCGCUGACGGCGAUGACUAAGACGUACCUCGACUUUUUGUUCUUCCUCCUGUGCGAUAGCGUCACGCUUGACGGCUCCCACGGCGACUGGGCCGCGAUACUGCAGAGGAUUGAGAAGCUGAAGGAGUACGGCGCGGAGGCGAUGGCAACGUCGAUUUCUGGGGGAAGGUCGUGCACAAGCAUAGCGACGGGAACGGGCCGACGGCGGUGGCAGGGCCCGCGGUUGCGGAACCUCCCUCCCACCGACUCAUUAUCGGUGGACAAGAACUACGUAGAGCUCAGCGGUGAGGUGUUCACCACGAAACACUUCGUUCCGCGCCCGGAAGGCGACCCUUUCAUCGGUCAGCUGUACCUCACGCUCGACGGUGUGCUGUACCCGCAUGUCGACACUGCCCAGGUUCCGCCGGGCACGGCCGAGGUAGACGUGAUGCUGGAUGACAACGGGGAGGUGUUCCCGACGCUCACCGUUGCUGGCGAUGUGUGCAGUGCGGCCUUGUCAGGCAGGGACAAGGCGCCGUCGGGGUCUGGCAGGAGGGAUACGGUGAUGCCUAUGCCUAGGUGGUGGAUAUUUGUGUAGAAUGAGAAGGGCGAGGAGGAGCUCGUGAAGGCUCCGAGCGUGGAGUGAAGGGAUGUUCUUUCGCUUGUAUUGUGUUCUCAGUGCUGUUUUUGUACCGUCUAUGUUUCUCUGUAGCCCACGAUGUCUUCGAAUCCAAUGCGCGUUAUAUCAACCAUUCAC